AUGAACUGGAAGGUGCUGCCAUGGACGAGCAAGGUCUGUGCUCGACAGGAAGAGAUGAAAGAGGAGAUUGCUGCCAUUGGCAGUGAUAAGAAGAAUGAUCGGAGACGGCAUGGAGCUAGAUGGUUGGGCACUAGAACGAAGCUCGGAGCUAUGGACGAUGGCAGUAGUGGAGAAGUUCGUGAUGAUCACGAUGAUGUUGGAAAGAAUGGGAAGAUGUGUGGUGGAGCCGACCGGAAGAGACAAGCCCUGACUUGUCUCAGUUGGCAGCUUUUGAAAGUGGUACUUAAUCUCUGGCACCUAAACGGUGGGAUUACGAAAGUGGAGCUGAAGUCGAGUCUGAUUCAUCAUUUACCGAAGUUCAAGGGACUUCCGGGUGAAGAUCCAAACCGUCAUCUUCAAAAUUUCCAGCACAAGAUGACAAGUCUUAGGCAAGGUACCGAAGACAGUGAUACAGCAAUGCUGCAAGCUUUUCCGUUCUCUUUGAUAGAUAUGGCGGAAGAAUGGAUGUAUUAUCUUCCCCCAGGGAGUAUUACAACAUGGAGUGAAAUGAAUAAACUAUUUCUUGAGAAAUAUUUUCCUGCUUCCAAGGCGGCCGUUGUUCGCAAGGAGAUUAGUGGCAUUCUGCAGAUUACCGGAGAAUCUCUUUAUGAAUAUUGGGAGAGGUACAAAAAGUUGUUGGCAACAAGCUUGAUUGAGAGCAUGGCUUCGAACGCUCAAAAAUUCUACACCAGAAACAACUCAAGUGUUAGAAGAGUUAGCGAGAUAGGAGAAUCUACACAAUCAGAGCAACGAAUAAACAACAUCGAAAAGGUAGUGCAAAGAAUGGCAGCAGUAAUUAUUCCUACAUAUGAAGAAGAGUCUGAACAGGUGAAUGUUGUGUUCCCUAAUCAGAGGCCAGGAUAUAAUCCAUAUUCUAAUACCUACAAUCCAGGAUGGAAAGAUCACCCCAAUUUCAGCUACGCAAACAAGCAAGCUGCAGCUCCUAACCCAUAUGCUCGGCAAGGUGGUUUUCAACAACCACAAAUCCCGUCACAGUCGCAAUCUCAAGUUCCCAAGGAUGACGUAUCUGAGAAGAUGAUUACUAUGAUGCAAGGUCUCUCAUCUAUGUUCCAACAUAGUCAACAGAAGACCGACUCUGCGAUUAAAGAUCUACAUACUCAGAUAGGGCAAAUGGCAACUGAGAUUAAUCAACUGAAGGCGCAAGCAUCAACAAAGCUUCCAUCACAAACUUUUGUGAAUCCAAGAGAGAAUGUUAAUGCAGUACUUUUGAGGAGCGAAAAGCAGACAGAAGAGCCAAAACAACAAGAAAAGGCUAGUCACGAUUUUGAAAAGGAAGUAGAGGUGGAAACUUUUCUAAAGGAAAAGCCAACUUCAACAGGCCAAACUAAGGACACGGUGGGAGAAAGUGCUUCAGACAUGUUACUAAAAAAGAUUCCUACAAAAUUCAAAGAUCCUGAUGGUUUUACAGUGCCAAUUAAUAUUGGUGAGAGACGGUUUGAACGUGCUUUGCUUGAUUUUGGAGCAUCCAUAAGCGUGAUGUCAGCCGAUGUUUAUGAUUGUUUGAACCUGGGAGCGUUAAAAGAGACGGGGAUUAUUAUUCAAUUGGCUAAUAAGUCUAACAUAUAUCUAAAGAAUUUCUUAUGUAUAAUGUUGUCGAGUUAA